AUGUCGUCCACAUUGAAAGAUAUAGUCCCAAGCAUUGAGCAGUUCCAUGAUACGUACAAGAUGGAUUGCCCGGCUGUCCUCAACUGGCUUGUGACAUCAGGAGUUCUGGCCACUGUUGAACACCGUGCAACUGCUGCUCUGUCCACCACUAUCUCUGCUGCAAUUGUGUCCGGGGGUUCUCAUUUAUCAACUUUGGGUAUUGUAAGUGUGGGAUGUCUCAUAAUCCAGAUGAUGUCGUGGUGCAGUGUGAAGGGUGCAAGGGCUGUGGAUAUCCAUUGCUACGAGAUCCACACUACAACAAAGGACUUGCCUUUACUGAGAAAGAGAGAGAGAGAGAGAUGCCCACUUCCUCUAUUGUCUACUUCUCCCAGAUGUUGUUAG